AUUUUAAGUGACCUUUGUUAGUAAUGAGCAUAACUUUAGUGGUGCGUUUGCAAUUCAAAACUUUCUUUCGAAAGUUUGCUACUUCUAAACAGUUAUAUUAUUUUAACAUGAAACAACAGGAAGCUAAAAGACGAAAACUAAGAGAAGAAAUUAAGUGGGGUUUUUUUGGCGAUGUAAAAGAAUAUCAGAAAACUAAAGGAAAGCUAUUUAGCGCCGAAAAGGACCUUAUUAACUCCGUGUUGCCUUAUUAUAAAAGUAGUCCUUUUGUAUCGAACUGUCAAAGCGGACUUCUUUUAUAAAUAUUUGUGGAAGCUCCUCUCUUUCCAAAGUUUGAAGCUAAGUCGAUUACAGGAAAAAAAAUUGUUUUUCCCGAUCUUUUAAAAGGAAAGUGUAGCUUAUUAUCUAUUGUCAGCAGGGAUAUAUCCAUGGAAAGUUUUUCUUUAUUAAAGUUGUAAUAUAGUUUGUAUAUGUACUUCUUUGUAUUACAGCCACUUUCCAAGUCUUUUUGUGACCCUUUUGGGAAGAAUUUGGCGAAGAUGAGGAAGUAACCCUUUAUGAGCUUUCUUUGGUUCAAGGCUACUGGCGUGUAUUUUUACCCCUUUUUAAGCACUUUUUCAAGGUUGAAAUGCCUAUUAAUAGAAAGAAAAAUUUUAUAGUAGAAUCUCCAGGAACUUUGUUGGAAGCACUUUUUAUCAGAAAUCCCUGCUUUAACUAUAUAUUUUUAACGGAUAAGAAAGGUAGGAUAAGAUGGAAAGCAAGCGGAAAGGCCACAGAAGAAGAACUUAAUAACUUGUUUUCUUUUGUUCCUCGAAUUUUGGGACGGAAUUACGAGAAAACUAUUACUACAAAAAGAAUAAAGCAUUAAGCUGACGCUAAUUCUCUGCAGACUUGCCUGGACGUCAAAUCUCUCUAAAAACAAUUCCUCCGCAUUUAUAAUAACUUCAUAUACAAACAAAAAAUUACAAGAUUUUCCAAUUACUUGCAAA